AUGGCGUCUUCCAUGAGCUCCACAGCGUCCACGGCGUCUUCGGCAUCGACCGUGGAGACGGCUGGGUCAACGCGCACGGCUCUCAUUAUCGACGGUUCUUACGCGAUGAUCGGCGCCCGCUCCUUGGGAGGCAAGAUCGACUACAUCAAGCUUCGUGCAGCGCUGGAGGAACUGGCCAAGGCCCCGUUUGGAGAUUGCUGGUUCUUCGAUCAGAACCCUUCCGCACAGCGACUCAACGCGUCCUUAACGGCGGAGUACCACAGGCUUAAGUUCGCUCCACCGGAUGGACCUCAGUUCCAAGUGAGUUUGUUCCCUAUGAAGAAGUAUAGCUGCCACUGCAAGAGAUGCGGUAAUCACUUCACUCAAAAUGUCCAGAAAGGAGUGGACAACGGAAUCGCCACCAAGAUCUUGUCACUUGCCUACGAAAAUGUACGCAUGUGGUAA